UAUAAAGUCCAUGGGCAGGAGCAUGACAACACAUACGCACACACUAGUCGGCUGCCGCUAUUUCAGCGGGCAGCUCGGGAGAGGAGGCUGCGCUGAGGAAACCCAUUCAUCACUCACAACUGGAAAUAAAGGACAAGGACGGAUCAGCAUCACGAGGAGACACUUUGUGUCAGUCACAGCACCAGAGAAAUCUUUUGUAGGAGCCCAUACUCCUGCGGAGAGAACUGCUGGCAGACUUUUGCACAUUCACAUAUAAGGACGGUAUCAGUAAAAUGGGCUGCUCCUCUGGGCGCCAGCCACCUGCACCUGUCUUUCACCCAGACCUGGACUGCACGACCACCACACAGGCAAACAGUUUAUCACCGGACUCAGUCAACCAGGGAAUGAAUGGCGAAGGAAAUGCUGGAAGAGACACUGUCAAAUCCCCUGAGUCGCACCCGACACUGGAGCGUCUGGCUCAGGCCACGGGCGGCACUGAAAAGUCCUGGUACCGAUGCGUGUUCCCUUUCGGGGUGAUCUCACUGGUGAUUGGGAUGGCAGGCACAGGUGUGACGUUCACCUUUAACACUCAGCUCCAGACGAAGGUCGUGUCGGUGGCGCUGCUGUGUGUUGGUGUUCUGAUGCUGCUUGUGGCCACUAUCUGCUGGAGGGCUCACAGACUGAAACGAAAGAAAAAGAAGGACGGCGGAUUCUUCACCACUGAUCAAGGACCUUUGUGAUAUAAACAGGACAGACAGCGAUCACUCCUUUGGUCUGAACUGUUGCGCACUUUGACUCUAUAGAGAGUUGGUAAAAGUUUGGUAUGGUACUUUUGAUAUCGUGUUGAAGCAGAGUUCGCACUCAUUGUCACCUUCUUGAGGAUAGGAACAGGGUUUAAACGUAUUGUGCAGGUAACAGCUAAAAGUUUGGAAUAGACUGCAAGUUUUUAGGCAUGUUUGUCAAAGCUUGUUCAGCAUCUCAUACGGGGAUGUGCCAUUAUAUGAGUAAGUGAUGGACCAUAUCUCUGACUGCCAACUAGUAGACUACAUUUCUGAUGACAAUAUUGGCACCUGAAGGACCGUAAUUUCCAGACUAUAAGCGCAACUUUUUCUUACAGAGUGAGGCCUUGAACACAGAUGCAGAUAAUAAAUGGAUCACAAGCAUCAUGCUGCCAAUAUAUCGAGUCGCAUCACAUCAGACCAAUGAUAAUAGAGGUGUUUUAUUUACAUUAAAGUGCCACAUGCGCUGUUUUAGAGACCACGUAAAUCAAAGUGCCAGGAACACGUACGGGCUAAAACAGCACAUUGAUCACUUUAAUGUAAAUAAAAAGCAGCAAGUACCAUUGAUCUGAUGCGACAAGUCUAAUGGUAUUGGCGGCAUGAUGUGCAUUCAGAACACUGUAAAGUUUGUCUCAAUACUGGACACCAUUUUCAAAUGCAUAGACAGCACUGUUGCACCUGCCUACAGAUUGGUGUAUACACAUUCGUGUACAAAAACGUUUUCCUUCUUAAAUUUGGUGUAUGCAGCUUAUAGUCAGAUGCGCUCAAUAGUCUGGACCUUGCGGAUGUAUUUAUUUCUGUAAUGUGCCUUUAAGCUGCCAUUACCCUUCUUCCAAAUCAGCCAACAUUGUUUGGCUUAACAGAUGUCUCCAUUAUUGGCUCACAGGAAGGCACAGAUUGGGAAAAUGGGCCUUUAGGUUUUCAAACAUGCCUCACAGUCUCCACAGAUGGUAUUCACGAAUGAACUGUAUCGACGUUGUGCUUAACCACAGUGAAACCACCUGAUGUUUGCGCUAUGAAUGUGCAACGUGUCUUUAUAGUGAACCUUUUCCCAGUUGCACAGUGUAUUUCCAGCUUAAUGUAGCCUUCUAGAAACAACAAAUGAAAAUAUGCAUGCCCAAGUCGACCUGCCAGGUUUAGGAUAGUCUGACUAAACGUGUGAUAGAGCCGGCAUAUAAAUGAAACUGCCUAGACACGUAUUGUUGAUGUGCCUUUUGCAUGUUUCUUUCCUGAUUAGAAUAGCCAUGGAGUAUUUGGAAUUAUUUUUAUUCAAAAUAUAUUUUGUCAGACAGGUGACUUCCAUCACUUGUUCCUAGUACUGGAUCAAACUGACUUGGAAAUCCUUUUGCAUUCAAGUUUGAAGCAAAAAAAAACAAAAAAAUCCCUGUGUUUAUUGCAGUCGAUUUUGAAAUCACAGGCUCUUCGUUCUCAUGAGCUAAGAGCUCAACUGUGAUUUUCUUGUGUUCACUAAGCUAUCAGACUCGUACAUGUUCACCGGAGAUGUGAAUGAUUCCGACGAGCAUAUCCUUGAGAAAAUCUAUUACAAAGAUGUAGCAUUUGCGAACAAAACCUAUUAGAUAGAGUCGCAGGUGGUCUACGUUCAGAAGUAAUUCUUACCAGUUACCCAGCAGUUGUCUUGUCGCUGUAGCAAAUCUUCUUGUUAUUAUUUGGUUUUGAUUAAAUGUUUACCUGCUGUGAAAUCGUGGUGCCGACGUUUCUAUGGUGUGACGGUGUGAAACAGCUAGCAGAAUACCGUUUUGGUGCUUUUUUGAACAAUGAUAUUCUGAUGCAGUAUUUUGGUGAUAAUGUAGCACCAUUUCGGAAUGUACCUCGUCUUUUGAGCGCCACUGACUACACUUCAGUGACAUUUUAACAUUGUUUCACAGUCACUUGGAAAAGCAUUUGUUGAUGGUGGAAUUAGCUUCAAAUGUUGAGCUAAUGUAAUAAAUACGUUUAAAAGCUUGUUUUUCUCCAUCAGUCACAACCCACUCUUUUUAUUUUAGUCUGUUAGCAGCUCAAAAUUCAGUUAACCAUAGAAAGCUAAAGUUAUUCAAUUAAAACACUGAGUACAAUGAAAUGAUGCCACUUCAAAUAACUGAUUCCUUCUUCUUUAAUGAUGUAACUACCUGUCAGAUCUCCUGGCUGAUCUUAUCCAGACUGAACCAACUGCAUAUCAGUAAAACGGCAGUGAAACCAUCCUGUCAGAUAAAAGCAGUUGACGUUCAAUCAGUGAGUCAUUGCCACUUUGUGCUACUGAAGAGUCCUUUCUAUUGUUGUUGAGCUGCAACAUGUAAUGUGUCUACAAUAUGCUGAUUGAUAAAAAAUUUAAAAAAAACAAUCCAUAUUGAUCUGAAUGAAGACCCUAUGAGGGCUCAUUUGAGUUUGAAUAAAUGUCAUUAAAAGUCAGUUGUGUGGUCUUGAUAUUGAUAUUUUUUCAUCUGAAUUAUCUGUGGUUAUAGCUUUCCGAUUAGUGCAUUCGUGCAGUUUUUUUUGUGUGACUUUUAAUAUCUGUUUGGUGCUAUAAAAGUGGAAUCAUCUGAUGCCAGGAAAUAAGCAGCACAAAAACCUAAAUUUAUUAUUAUUAUUCUUGACUGUAUGAAGGUUUUGAUUUCUAAAUCUCAUUAUUAAAUAGUAGAUUUUUGCUUUUCUGUUUACUUACACUGUUUACGGACUGAAUUUAAAAUGAAUGUUGAUUUUUAAUUGGUGUUUUUUUUUUUUCCAUGGAAAAUGUAUUGAAAUGUCACUUGUCUUCCCCUUGAGAGGGGUGUAUGAGGAGGUCCCACAGACCCAUUUUCAACCAUGUCAUCUUAUUUGGCCUUUUCCUUAUUGCUUAAUGACUGUGCAGCACCACUCUUUGAGAUGAAAAAAAAAACAGCUAUGAAAAACAAGACAAUGGUGAAAGGUCAGUGGUAAAAGACACAGGAAUUGAGCAUUAGGCACAGAUCUGUAUUCGUGACCUUCUGGUGAAUGGAAUAUUCCGAUGGUAACAAUGGGGCGAGGUCCGUAUGGCCGCCCUAACUGGCCCUAUUUAUUUGAAUCUUCAUGUAAAUGCUUUUUCACCAGUGGAGCCUCAUGAAAGUGUAGCGACAUUAUAAUCUGCUUAGGUCUGUUACCACUUUCAUCCUCCCCUGUCAAACAUGUCCUAAAUAAUGACAGUAAUUUUAUAGAUAUUUUUUUUAUUAUUAUUAAAAACUGCCUCAUUUGAGCUCAGCACCUUUACAAACACAGCUGUAUCAUUGAAUAUUCAUGCAAGCACAGAAUCCUACAUGUCCACACAUUCUCCCCUUCCUCCCCCGUUCAUCCUCCUCCUCCUCUCAUCCCUCCAUCUAUAAGGGAUUGUGUCAUUCCCUCUCUCCCUCUCCCCUUGGAUAAUGCUAAAAAUAGCUCUAGCUGAUGUAGAAAGCAAAAGGAAACAGGCAAGAAGGGUGGGCCAAAUAUGUCUGGAAGAGGAAUCCUCACUGAGCAUUCCAAAUCAGAAUGCGGAAUGGAUAUUGUAGUCUGGGAGAACUCAUUAAAAGGCAGGAAAUAUGCAUUGUUGACUGAAUGAAUAAACAAUAUGUGAGAUGUUAUCACCACUUUGGGAUGCCUAAAUUAUUCUGGCCGAGCGGACGGUGUUUCUGUUGCCCUACUUUGCUAACAGUCUCUGUUCUGGAAAAAAUCAAAUAACCCAUAGAAAAGAAAACAUGCAGUGGAGAACAACAAAGGAAGGGGUGGAACAUGACACACAAAAUCUGACUAUACAAAACAC